GCAAGAGUGGAUCCUCGCGCGAUUUAUAAAAUUCAAGUGUAAAUAUUGUAUAUUAUAAAGUGUAUUGGUGAUUACUUAAUUUAGUGAUUUCUUGGAUCUCUACUAUGAAAUAAUAUAAUGGAAAACAAAGAUCAAAUCUCAAAAGACAUAGAAAAAGGCUUAAAUUCACCAGAAAUAAAACAAAACGAUGACAUUCCAUACGUAGAUGACUUCGUUGAACUAAAUCUAGUCAAACCUGAUGAACCUGUCCGUCCAAAACGCGCAAAAGAUGAAAAGCAAGAUGGGGAACCACACACACCAGAAAGGGAUAGAAAACUACAUGCCUCAGAUUUGGGAGAAGUACAUUCUUCGCCAAAUAAUGAUACGAUAAUAGUGAAUACACCAGAAGGGACUCUAUAUAUAACUUUAGAACCUGAUUCUGCUAGAUCAUCGAAGCCUACUAGUCCCACAACAGAGUCUACUGAUCUUGAAGCUAUUCCGAGUACGAGUUUUGGAGCAGCCGAGUCUGAUGCACUGAUACAGAAGGAGAGAGAAGCAGAAAUGAUGGAACAGAGGAAGAUAGGUUUGAGAAGGAAUUCCAUAUCGAUGCCGACGUUACAGAACUUGGAGCUGGAGGUGUUGAAGCAGCAGUACCUGAACCCACAGGAUGAUAUUCCUGAACAUCAUCAAAGCUCAGCAUCAGGGUUCAGUGAUGGCGACAACACGGCUGAUGAUCACACCGAAGUGCUAUCAGAUGAUGACAGAGUCAAGACUCCCCUCCGCUCCCCCCGCCGCAAGUCCACGGCCCCUCGACGGUUUGGCCGUUCCGAGUUCAGUAUGGACGACGAUGACUACUCUCCAAGUAAUUCUGUCACUUCUGUCAACUCCCUCGCCAGUCUACUCCGGGAGAAAUUACAGAGCAUACCCCAGAAGAUCCGUAAGAAGCCGACAGACUAUAAACUCCGUGCGUUCGUGGGUCUGAUGUUCCUGGCCAUUGUGUUCUUCGUGGGUUUCGCAUACGUGCUGUACCAUCAGCAGGCGCUCACCAAGGCAUACUUUGACAAUGUGCAGUUUAACGAACCAAAGCGACUCAUUCGCAUCUACAACAAGGAUGAUGUGGAGAUCCUUAGGGCUAGCCUAGCGGUUAACAUCCAGGGCAAAAUGAAAGCGUAUCCAUGUUUACCUGAACACCGUCGUAAGGAUGGCUCUGAAUGCCUGGAAUGGCUGCAUACUCUUCGGUUCUACUUGAAGUCCCUGCCUCAUGACCCUGGCGUUGAUAAUACUACCUGCUACUCUGUGCACUGGAAGGCGUUACGAUCUGAUGUCUAUCCAAACGAUUGCUUCGACUGGGGCGCAACGAAAGUGCACUGGUUUGGAGGUGGUCUAUCCUCCAACCUAACCUGGCCUUUGGACAGUGGUUCAUUAGAUUACACUCCUUUCAUCACAGGAGACAUGCAAAAGAACCAAUGGGGCAACGUCCUUACAAGAUACUUCAUAAAUUCCAAGGGAGCUGCCAUUAUUGUGGAUGAUGAGACACCUCUUCACGUCUCCGUUAAUAAAGGAGGCAAGCAUAUCUGUCUCAAAGCUAUGUACCACGAAUUUGCUUAUCCAAAUAAAUUGACCGAAUUCCCUGAAAUGAAGUAUAACAUUUGUACGUCUGAAGACAUGGCGUCAUUACAUUCUUCGAUCCACAGUCAUAGACGAGCUCCAUUGUGGGACGGAUUAAAACCAGCAGAUAUGCAAACCUUAGAAUCGCUUAUAUCUGAACCAGUUUGGCAAAUAGCUCCAAGAUUUAAAGAAGAAUUACAGGCAGAAACGAUUUCUAAAUACACGGAAGAUGUUAUCAAUCUUGGAUUCUUGAAACAGGGACAUGUGCUGAUCAAUGAACAUUGGCAGAAUGCAAUUGGUGAUUUAUCUGUGGACACGAGUCGAUUCCAAACUUUAAAUACAACUGUCGAUAAAUUACACAGACGUGGUUUCAAAGUUGCGUUUACCAUCCAACCAUUUAUUAGUACUGAGAGUAAGAAUUUCGCAGAAUGUGUUCAAAAGAGAUUGUUGAUCAGUGAAAGGAAUAGUGACAGACGUAUUCCAGCCUUAACUCGUUUCAAGUCUUUAGCAAGUGCUGGAGUAUUAGACAUCACAAACAACAGAUCAGUGCCUUGGUUUUUGGAGAAGUUACAGGCAGUGAUCGACGAGUACCACAUUGAUUCUUUCUUUUUGGACUUGGGUACAGCUUACGACAUGCCUCAUUACUUCCGUUGUGAGCAUCUUCUGACUAACCCCGAUCAAUACAAGAAGAUCUUCACUAAGACGUUUGAGAAGAUGUUUAAUAUCAUUGGAGUGUCUUCAGCGGUGUCAUUACCUCGUCCUCCUAUUUUUGUUUCUCUUCCACCAUUUGAGUCUACAUGGGAAGCAUUGAAGCUGGUUAUACCGACUAUGUUGACGUACGGUGUGAAUGGUUUUCCAUUCAUAAUGCCUGGAGCUGUCGGUGGGGAUAUUUACUGGCCUGGAAGUGAACAGUUCCUUCCAUCCUCCAAAGGAAUGGUGGACAUUACAAAUAGCACUCAGGAGAAUGGAAUAGAGUUACCGGAUAAGGAAUUAUACAUGAGAUGGCUGCAAAUGGCGACGUUCUUGCCUGUGAUGAAGUUCACUCAUCUCCCGAGCAAGUAUAAUGAUGAGAGAGUUUUGGAAGUGGCGAAGAAUCUGACGUCAUUGCGACAGAGAAUGGUAACACCACUACUGUUGAAGUAUAAACGCGAAGCUCUAGAAGCAGGUCUGCCACUCCUGCGGCCGCUGUGGCUGCUGGGUGCUGGUGACGCUCCCCGUGCAUUAAAGGAUGAAUUCGCCAUCGGCAGUGACAUUGUUGUCGCACCCGUUCUUGAACAAGGACAGACUACUAGGGAUGUGUACCUCCCAACCGGUCUAUGGCAGGAUGGUAUCGACGGAUCUCUACGCAAAGGCAACCGAUGGAUGCACGAGUACAGAGUACCGAUAGACAAGGUGGCCUACUUUGUUAGGAAACCUGAUGAUAUGAGGUUUAAGUAAUUGUAAGGCAUAAUGCCAUGGUUGCAAUCUUAUAUAGGUAUGUCCAUGCCAAAGGAAUUGAACAGAGCGGCUGUUCAUAAUAUAUGUAGCAGUAUUGUACUGUUCAUGUUCAAAUUGAACAUUACAUUAAUAUAAUUUAUAAUUAAAAAAUGUUGCUUGCGUAGUGUUUAUUUUUUAGACGCUACAAUUUCUAGUCUUUGAUCGAAACAAAUGCAAUGAUCGUGAAUGAGAAACCGUUAUUUUUUUAAUUAUAUUUCAAAGUGACAGGGGUGGACUUGGAAUCUAUGGGGCCCUGCGAAAACAUCGUUUAAAGGCCCACUAAUUACGUUCAUGUAACUGAGACUUUCUUGUUAUUCUUAAAACUAUUUUCUUUACUUUAUUAUGUCUGUUUUCAAUUUACUAACUUACCUUUCACUAUUACUUUUUUAACAUUUACUAUGUUCCACCCUUGUUUAAAGUAAAGAUUAAUAAAAUACGUUCAUAUUCUAGAGAAUGAUGCUGUUGAAUUCUUGUUUUCGAACUCGGGUUUUAAAUGUUGUCUUUUAUUCUUUUCUAACACUAAGUACAAUGUGCCAAUAUGAGCCUUAUUUUAAUAAACGUAAAAUACAACCAGAAUUUAUGCAUAUCUUAAGCAAAAACUACAUACAUAUAAAUUAAAUUAGAUCGCAAUAAAAAGAGUUGUGCUAACACUGCCUCGAAAUAGAAUAAGAGAAUUGAAAGUGUACGUGCAGCCAUAAUAUUAGCUAGAAGUAAUUUGCCGUAUUGUAUUUUAGUAAUGAAAAUUCACAUAAAUCCAGCAUCUGUCGUUGGCGGAUAACUUCUUCCUAAUUUUAUAAACAAAUAUAUUGCUAAUACAGUUUGCUGAAUGACGAUUUGUGAAAAUUGUCAGUUUUUUUAUGUCGAGCGAAAAUUGUACCUACUACAAAGGUUGUAGUAGUUAGUUUCGAGUUACAGAGGGACUCUUCCUCAUGGGCAGCGUGCGCGGUAUACGGCUACACCGAGCAGCCUACUCUAUAUCGCCACGACUGCGCAUGCUGCUCACGACGAAGUGUCAAAAACCAAUAAAUAAGAAAGUAAACAUUGUUAAUAAUUUAAUUGGUUUGACGUCCAUAGAUUAAAUUUUAUUUAUGAAAUAAUUGUGUCUUUUAGUAUAUAAGUACGAGUUUUAAUAGAAUAUUGUAAAUACGUAAUUUCGUACGUAAAUAGAUAAAAAUGUGAUCACAUCAACAUUCCAAAGCUUUAGAAUUUUAGUUUAAUUAUAUAUAUUUUUAUUUUAAUAGGUGCCAAAAGGGUGCAAAAAACCCUAGGACCCGAAUAUUUUUUUUAAUUAUUUCGAACUGUAAAUCCUGGAUGUAUCCUUGCAUAGGUAGCCAUUUCGUUUUUCGAAAACUUCUAAAUAUUUUUUUGGUUGUGCCAAAUGCCAUUAGCAUUUUAAGAAUUGAGUUGCCUUGUUUAUUAAAAUAUAUUUCUCUUUUAAAAUAUAGUGUUGUGAAAUAUCAUUCCAUAUUUAUUAAGUACUAGCGACCCGCCCCGGCUUCGCACGGGUGCAAUAUGCAUGUAUUAUACAUAUAAACCUUCCU